GGGGAACUUGCAUCACAAAUUAAACCAACGAGAUCAGUGACUACACUAUAAUAUACUGCAAUUAUUAGGAAAAUGAGGUACGAGUUUAUAAACGAGUUUGAUGCACAUGCAUCAGCAGACGAUGUUUGGGGAGGAAUCUAUGGCUCCAUUGAUUACCCUAAGCUAGUGGUUCAAUUACUUCCAACUGUCCUCGAAAAGAAGGAAAUCUUGGAAGGCGAUGGUCAUAAUGUUGGUACUGUUCUGCAUGUUGUGUACCUUCCAGGAUUUGUUCCGCGGACGUACAACGAGAAGAUUGUAACGAUGGAUCACAAAAAACGUUACAAGGAAGUACAAAUGGUUGAAGGAGGAUACUUGGAUAUGGGAUUUACAUAUGUCAUGGUAAUUCAUGAAGUACUAGCAAAAGAAUGUAAUUCUUGUAUCAUUAGAUCAAUUGUUAAGUGUGAAGUCAAGGAUGAAUUCGCUGCAAAUGUACCUAAUAUUCGCAACACCUUUGAUGGAUAUGUCGCCUUAGCCCGAGCCGUUCCGAAAUAUAUUGCGAAGCAGCACGCAACAUCAGCAGCUAAUUAACUUGCUGCCGCAGUUAAUAAAUGGAUUUUCGAUGGUCUUAAUAAUAUGGAACUGGAUAAAGUACCUAGGACUGAGAUUACUGUUUCCUUCCUAGGUUAUUCCUCUUGUGAUCUUCUUUUCUCUCUUUCUAUGUUUUUGUGCUUUAUCUUUUCGUGGAUAUUUGCUCAUUGAUUUCUUUUCUUUAAAAGAAAAUCAUAUUGAAUAUCAUGAAAAUAAAUAAAAUUCAUGAAAAGUUAAUAUUUAAUAA